GGCGAAGCAGCACUGCGAGAGCAUCAACAAGGACAGAAAAAUUACUCUGUUUUUUCUUUUUCCCGUUUGGCAAUCAAAUAAUAAAACACUCCCGAUUUCACCCCACAUCGACUGAGUCAUACGGAUUCGCUGAGUAUUGCAAAAGCGAACAAACAAACAACAACAGCCAAAAGAUCCGGCAUCAGCGUUUUGUACAAGCGGAAGGGCGCAAACCACCACAGUGCACACCGUUUCUCUCUCUGUACUUACCAACCUCCCCCCCCCCCCCGAAUGAGUUCGGAGAAGAAGAUCGUCGUCAUCGGCGCCGGCCCGGCGGGUCUCGGCGCUGCCAUUCGCCUCAAGGAGGCGCAACACGCCAACUACCACCUCUACGACGCCGCGCCCACGCCCGGCGGUCUCUCGCGCACCGUGACGGACGAAUGCGGAUUUCUGUGGGAUAUGGGUGGCCACGUUAUCUUCUCUCACUACGCCUACUUCGAUGAUGUGAUGAACAUGGCGAUUCAGGACUGGAACUCGCUGCAGCGGGAGUCGUGGGUGCGGUGUUGCGAUGUGUGGGUGCCCUACCCGUUUCAGAACAACAUCCACCGUCUCCCCCUCGCGGUGCGGGACAGCUGUUUGGAGGGCCUGGAGGCGGCGGAGGCGGCGCGCGCGCCUGGUGCGGCCGUCACCCAAGAAAAGCCAAAGAACUUUCUCGAGUACGUCGACCGCCAGUUUGGCGAGGGCAUCUCUGCCGUGUUUAUGCGGCCCUACAACUUCAAGGUGUGGGCCGUGCCGCUCGACGUGAUGAGCACCGAGUGGGUCGGCGAGCGAGUGGCGAGCGUCAACGUGGCCCGCAUCCGCGAGAACAUCGAACUGAAUCGCGACGACGUCGGCUGGGGACCCAACGCGACCUUCCGCUUCCCCAAGUCCGGCGGCACCGGCGCGAUCUACAACGCGGUGUGGAAGAUGGUUCCGGAGGCCCACAAGACCCUCGGCGCGGACUGCCGCGUCGUGAAGGUGAAUCCGGUGAAGAAGCUGCUGACGAUGCAGGGCGGCGCGGUGGUCUCCUACGACGCGCUUGUCUCGACGAUGCCCUUUGAUGAUCUGCUCUGCGCCGUGGCCGAUGGCGUUGAGGAGGAGGAGAGGGAGGGCAACACGGCCGCCCUUGCCGGUCUGAAGCCCGCCCGUCUGCGUGCGCUGGCGAGCAAGAUGGUCUACAGCUCCACCCACAUCGUCGGCAUCGGCGUGCGAGGGGUGCCGCCGCUGGAGAUGCAGACGGCGUGUUGGCUGUACUUCACGAGCGAGACGAUCCCCUUCUAUCGCGCAACCAUCUUCUCUCGCUACGCGGCGGCCAAUGCACCGGCUGGGUGCUGGAGCCUCAUGGUCGAGGUCAGCCAGAACGCGGCAUACAAGCCGGUCAACACGGCGACGCUCGUCGAGGACUGCAUUGCGGGCCUGCGCGAGGCGACGCUGCUGACCGACACCGACGAGAUCGUGUCCCGCUGGCACCACGUGGAGAAGAAGGGGUACCCCAUCCCCUUUGUCGGCCGCAACGAACUGCUGGAGGAGGUGCAGCCGAUCUUGCGCGACACCUUUCACAUUUACUCCCGCGGACGCUUUGGGGCGUGGCGGUACGAGGUCGCCAACCAAGACCACUCCUUCAUGCAGGGCGUGGAGGCGGUGGGCCACAUCCUGCACGGCACGGCCGAGGAGACGGUGACGAACCCAGCAAAGGUGAACGGGCAGCGUAACGAGAUGCGCUGCUCGCUGUAG